ACAUCGUCAUUGUUUCACAACAUGAGUGCAAAUUAUGUGUAUUUACACACAAAAGUAAAAUCCUUGAACAAUUUAAAGUGAUGUUCUGAUAAGAAUCAAUCAACUACUUCAGUAUUUUUCAAGGUACGAUAUAAAGUAAUACCACUGACAUUUUUAGGAGAGUCCGAUCAAUGCAUUAAAAUCAGUGCAAAUCUGCGGUUUAAAUCAAAAAGGGACGAAAAGCCGAAAAUACGGGGAAAAUCCUACCGAACUUCAUCCCCCGGAUUGAUGUAAAUUUAUUCAGGCCGUUUUCCAUGAGAUGCAAGAGGACGAAAAUACGUCGCUGCAUUUUGGACACAUCUUCUGGCAAAAAUGACCGUUUAGGAAAGGGAAUCACGCAUAAAAGAAAAUGCGAAAACGUAACGAUGUCAAUUUAGAUCCUUAUUUUUUAGCCUUGCUUGAAAAAUAUUUUAUUUUUGUUUUUUUCUAAAAGGUCUUUACAAUUAUGAACAUUGAUAAAUUUUGUAACUUAAAAAAGUACAGUUUUAUGAGCAUUUUUAAUCAUUUUUCUUAUUUUACUGUAUUUUAUGCGUAGCUCCGAUAUUAUUUUAUAUCGUGAAAGGCAUCAUAACCAUUCUCGCUCCCCUAUUUCAUCCCAGAUUUUCCUGUAAUUCCCCCAUCUUACCAAAUAUCCUUUCGACCAAGCACACAAAAAAGCAACAUAAUUGACCGAAUGAACAAUAGUGAUCUCUAUUAUUUUAUGCCUUGUUCACCUGAAAAUGUGUGGAGAAAUAAUCCCGGAGCCUUUUUUCCCUAGGGACCCAACAUCACACAUUUCCGAUAAUAAAUGUAAUAAGGUCGCGUAUCUUCCUGGAAUUGGAUGCAGUGUCACUUUAUUUUUGUCUCGGUUUUAUAGCAUAGAAAUUGAGGGAAUUUCAUUUCGUUUUUCCCGUAAUUUAUCGACGAAAUAUUUCUGUUAUUGCUUACGAAAUAUCAUUGCAGGUUCGUAUUACACCAAAAAUUUUCGUUCACAAUUUUAAAAUGUGUCAACAAAUUACAAAACAAUGCCAUUUCAGUAAUUUGACCGCUUAAAGAAUUCGCAACGGAGACAAUACAUCUAACUCAACUAACGAUUUAAUGACUUAUGAUAGGACAACAAUCUGGUAGAAAAACGAUUGCAAUUGUCGCUGUGAGGAAAGUUUCGUUUCUGGUCGAGCUGUUUCCUCAACAAUGGGGAAAAUUGUAUCAUCAAUUUGACAUUGGCGUCUCAUCUCGAAUCCCACCACGAAGAACCACUGUGCACAUCCAGGCCACAUAAAACUACGGGUGUCACUUUUGUCUUUUUAGUUUACUUGUUUUUCUUCUGUCGCUGGAAGUGAAAUGAACGGACGAUGAGAGUUUGGUCCCUUCUGUUUGUUUUCUUUCUUGUGUUUGAAUCUGUUGUUUUGGAUGAUGGAAACGAUCACCAAUCAAACAACCUCAUAAGGGAAGAUGAAAGACGUGGUGCUAGCCAUGAGGACAAUGACGAAAUAGAAUCGAAGAAACGUUCUUUAUUCUCGUUUUCUAGUUUUGGUGGAAUCGGAGGAAUUGGAGGACAUGGAGGUGGUGGAGGAAGGCACCAUCAUCAUCACCAUCAACAACCUCAACAACCUUCAGGGUACGGAUCUAGUGGGCCCAGUGGGUACGGCUAUGCAAAUUAUGGAGGAUCUUAUGGACCGCCGAGUGCUCACGGUUACGAUCAAGAAGAAUACGGUCACAGUUUAGGACACAGUGCACCUGGGGGAAACUACGGACAAGUCCAACACGGAUAUGGAGGUGGAGGAGAACAUUCUGGAUUAUAUUUGAAGAAGUUAUUGAUACCUUUAGCAGGAAUUGCAAUUUUGGGAGCUGCGGCUGCACUUUCCACCAAUCCGGUUUUGUUACAAUUGGGAGUGGUGAAUGGUAGAAGAAAAAGACGGAGCAUCGAAGAAAAAAUGCUAAUGACAGUUUAUCCUGCAAAUCCUAAAGUCAAACCUGAUACAUAAAUUUUCCGUUAUUCAUAUUUUAAUCGAAUAAAUUAAGU